AUGUCUUCGUUGCGCAGACCUGCGGCUGCACAACGAAGCAGCUACUACUCGCUAGAAGGCUCUGCCUUUCUAGAUAACUACACCCCGGAAAUAGUCCGUGCGGGCACUUUGAGCCAGAAGAUCGACGGCCUCUUCAAACGCCAAAAGACGACCUGGCAGGACAUUGAACGGAGGUUCGAGCGGAAAUCGAGACCAUGGGAUCCUGUCCUCGACUACCUUUGGGAUCGUAGAUAUCCCCUUCGUGCCCUGUUACCCAUCGCUGCAGCCCUGCUGGAGUUAUUCUUACUGUUGUUUCUCUUCUGCACAUACUACACCUUACCUGCUGAUCCGCAUACCGGAGCGAAGCCACCUCGGGUCGCUGAUCUGUACUCUAUAUUUCCCUUCAUCAGCUGCGUGGGCUCGAAGAGACUGUCAGUCUAUCAAGGUCUGACCUUCUGCGUGGUGAUUCUCAGUAUUACGUCGACCGCCAUCAGCUUCUAUUUCAACCGUGACGACCAGUUAGGCUGGCAGACACGUCGAACAGGAUGGCUCGCAAGCGUCGUGGGAGCUGGGCUGAGCAUCUGGGUCGUCUUUGCCGCAGCGACGCCUGAUAGGCACCUGCACCUUCUUGUUACCGCAGUCAAAGCGAUCAUGAUCUUUUCCAUCAAAUCUACCGGGAUGCUGGUUGAUCACCUGGAACGCCGAAAAUAUCCUGCACUUCGAGAGGUUGGUGUGAUCAAGGUCCUGCUGUGGUGGAGAGCUUUAACGUUGGUGUUCGCUUUUCCUCUCGCUCUUAUGACAAACAUAGCCAUCUUCGGUUGCAACGGGUCAAAGCCGGAGGAAAUUCAAACCCCGGGAACCAGAUGCUACCGCAUCAUGGCACUCGGAGCCCCCGCAGAGUGGCUGUACGCUCUCACCACAGUCUCCUGGAGCCUGGCGAUCGCCUUCGACGUCUACGCGACGCCCAUCGUGAGCAAGGUCAAGUCUCAACAAGAUCAGGCAGAGAUAGAACUGCUGGCGUCGCCGCCGUCAUCAGUCGGGCAAUGGGGCACACAGCCACACAGUCCUGAGAGUCCGGCAUUCUUCUCCCACAGCAAGGACGACGAGUAUAUCCCCGGCCAGUCGUCAUUUGACGAAGCCGGCAGCAAGGCGAACCGUAGCAGACACUACGAGGAUUUCGGCACAAAGUCUGUGGAUGUUCGUGAUGAUCAGGAGGAUGGGGGUGAACGGGAGGAGGAUCUCGAGCUGGUAGCACGGACAAGGGGUUGGGCAUGA